UCAAAUUGCUGUUUAGUGUUGAAAAGAUAAAAUAUAUAUUUUAAUGGUCUAUGGACAUGCAAAAUGUUCAGUUACCAGAAGAUAUAUAAGACAAGCGGCGAAUUUAGUAACAGUUUUAAAAACUUUAAAGACAACUACGGAACAAUGUUCCUCAAAUAUAUCGAAGGCCCACUGGUUCACAUAAUCAUCACUUUGGGAGUGGUACGGGCUAUGUUGGAUUCUCGCCUGGAAUUUAUAACCAAACUUGAAGGAGACACAGAAACGCUGUUCGAAUUUAACUUUCGGCUCCUUGGACGUCAACAUUUUUUGAAUGGGACGAUAAUUUUCCACGUUGACUUGAAUAAUGAUUUUGAAUUGUCAAACGAAUUAUUUGUACACAAAGAUGGAGAGUGGAAGCCCUCAAAUAUUGGCGUUAGUUAUAGGAGCUGUGCAUAUUUGAGGAUUAUUUACGACAAGUAUUUUGCGUCUUCCUUAAAGGACUCAAAUUUUCCAACAGGUAAAUGCCCAAUCGAAAAGGGUGAAUAUUAUUUAAGAAAUGUAGACAUGUCCGCCGAUUCUUGGGCACAUUAUGCCAACACUGGCCUAAACAAAUUCAUUUUGAAGGUGAAAAAGGAUAACAUAUCAUAUGGUGGCGUUGAAUGUAUCUUAGUUUUAUCAGAGAAAGUCACCUAACAUGGUGUCCGAUUACCAAUAAACAAGCUUGUUAAUAAUUAUUAUUAAA